AUGUCUGUGCCAAAUAUCUAUCCAAUUCAAACGACCAAUGGUAAAGCUUUGAAGGUGUACUGUGAUAUGACGUCAGAGCCGGGGAUGGUGUGGACUUUGAUCGAGUCAUUUGCUCUUUCGGCAAAAAAAAAAUUCCAAGCGGCACCCAUGACAAAGGAUUUUCCUUCCAACGAAGAAAACCCUCCCAACUGGUCUGACUAUCGCUUGUCACRCAAUACAAUGCAACACGUUAAACGUGACGCUACUCACUGGAGAGCCACUUGUAACUAUGACACUGAGAGACUGGUCAAAACAGACUAUAUCCGGGGACAUCUGAGUGAAAUGGAUAUUCUGACGUACUUGGGGAGUCACACGUGUGCAAGAGUCGAGUACAUUAACGUGCGUGGAAUCAGCUGUCAGAACUGUACCACUCAUUUCAGACAAACCUCUGCUCUGCAUUCAUUUGUUGAUAGUGGAUAUGGAUCUAAACUCGGUUGCCAAUGGGAUGGAAGACCUGGAGGAGUACACAAUAUUGUUGAUGACUGGUGCGACAACUUUGGAAGAUACAACCUUAUAAACCCUGSUCAUCGAUGUUCAUCUUCGUCUUCAUCUACCACCCAGUGGUGGCUUGGUAAAGCUGUUUAAACGCGUGACUUUUUUUUUGAGGUUUAGCACCCAGACUUUCCACCUAAAAAAAUCGUAAAACUUGCUUUAGUUAGUUUAKGAUAUGACUUGAUAUUGACUGAUGUAUCGCAAAUGAAUAAGCAGAUUUAAUUUAAUAYAGUAGAUCGUCGACCGAUAUUUAUAAUAAAAAUUCAAUAUAAGCACGUUUAACUUGGAUAUCUAACUUUGAUUAGUUUGUAGUCUAUAUUUCGGGCACCCAAGCAGCAUGAAAUACUAUGAGAGACUGAUAAUUGUAUAAUU